AUGACUGCUCUAAUAGAGUACAAUAGACGGAUCAACGUAACUACGCUGAACUUUGAUGAAGUUAUAGAAGUCUUUUCUAAACUUCCCGGUUCGAGUUCUGAGGUGCAGCACCUAGCCUUGUUCAGGUGUCCCCUCUGUCUUACAGUCCCUGCUUCUUCCCGGCGCUUGAGUAGAGCCAGCCGCAGCCCGCCGCUCUCGCGGGCCCGCCCCGCCCCCGGGAGCGCCGGCACGCCGUCGCGCCACGUACGUCACGCGCUCCCGGAAGCACUGAGUGAGCGGUGGGGGCGUGUCCUCAGGCGCGGCGCGUGUCCGUACCUGAGAAGCGCGGGAAGUGGGUCUCCGGCCACGCCUGUCGAGGAGCAGCCGCCGCAGCUCGCUCCCAGCCCCGUGGCUGGCGGGCCCCCAGCGCCGCAGCCGGAACCGCCUUCCCUCGGGGCCUGCGUGGCCAGCCUGGGCCCCUCGGAGACCUCGGACUCGGACUCGGAAUCCGACAGUGAAUCAGAUUCAGAUAGUUCAAGCUCUUCCUCCUCCUCCUCAUCUUCCUCCUCAUCUUCCUCAUCGUCUUGUAUAUCACUUCCUCCAGUGCUAUCAGAUGGAGAAGAUGAUUUACAAUUUGAGAAGGAAAAUAAGAAUUUUCCUCUUAAAACAAAAGAUGAGUUACUUCUUAACGAACUACCUUCUGUUGAAGAACUCACUAUUAUUCUGCCUGAAGAUAUUGAAUUAAAACCUCUUGGAAUGGUUUCAAGUAUUAUUGAACAACUAGUAAUAAUUGAAUCUACGACUAACUUACCUCCAGUUAAUGAGGAGACUGUGAUUUUUAAGAGUGAUCGACAAGCAGCAGGAAAGAUAUUUGAGAUAUUUGGCCCUGUUGCACAUCCAUUUUAUGUGUUACGGUUUAAUUCAUCAGAUCACAUUGAGAGUAAAGGCAUUAAAAUAAAGGAGACUAUGUAUUUUGCUCCAUCAAUGAAGGACUUCACCCAAUAUAUAUUCACAGAAACACUUAAACAGGAUAGGGGAUCAGAUGCAUCAUGGAAGAAUGAUCAGGAACCACCACCAGAUGCCUUGGAUUUCAGUGAUGAUGAAAAAGAAAAAGAAGCCAAACAGAGAAAAAAAACUCAGAUUCAAGGCCGGAAAAAACUCAAAUCUGAAUUUAAUGAGCCAGGUGAAGAGUUUGGUGAAGUACAUCAGAAUUGGAAUGCUUGUACCUCUGCUUCAGAGCAUUCAAAAGGAUAUCGCAACAGAGAAUUUACACGAGGAUUUUCCAGGGGUAGAUACCCUCGGGCUAGCCAUGGCAGGCCUCUGCCUCAGCAGUUUUAUAACUCAGAACAUGUGGUGUCUCAGCAGACAUCGGGAUUUCCACCUCAAAGACAAGAUAAUUCUGUUAUGCCACAAUACCCCUUUCCUCCUCCAAUGUUUGAAAUGCAUAAUUUUUCACUCCCUCCACCACCCCCACCCCCACCCCCACCCCCACCACCACCACCUGCACCUGUAAACAUGGGCUGGGCUGCACCCAACAUGGCACCUCAUCUACUACUUAACUUGCCAUACCCCCUCCCCCCACCGCCGCCCCCUCCUCCCCUGCCUCCCCCACCCUCUUCUGGAGAUAGUAAUUCUUCUCAUUAUGGACCUUACUAUUAGGUCAGUUUAUGCAUUUCCAGAGAAAUGUGGACUUUUCAUAUUAUAUUUUUUUCAUAAGAAAGUGAUUAUUGAGCUAGAUUUUUAAAAACACUGUAAAAUACUAAAUGAUUUCUUUAGUUGUAUGUUAAUAUAUAUAUCCAGUUAUAUAAUAUUCAAUUAAAACUUUGACUCUAUACUUUCCUCCACCCCAUUAAGGAAUGUAUAUAGAAACAGAUAUAGAGCAAAUUUCAUCAUAGGAUAAAAUAUACUAAAUUCAUUUAUUUUCUUGUAUAAUCUGAAAAUAAGAGUUGAAGUCCUGUUGAGUCUUUAAAAUAAAAUAUUUUUGUAAAUGUAUGCUUUGAAAGUCAAUUUUGGUUAUAAAAACCUCACCAGUAAAUUUAAGUGACCCUAUUUUUUUCUUUAAGCAGGUGAGGGGUAUAGAGGAGGAGAUUCUUAUAUGGUGGCAGAAGCUCUGACUAUAACUAAAGUAAAUAUUUAUUAACUAUGCACAGGCAGUCUUGCAUUAUCAUUGCAGAUUUCCAUUGUUUGGGCACUACUCAGAAAGCUUUAUUGUUUAACCACUGAAAAAGGACUUGAAGAUUAUUCAAAGUAAGAUGUAUUGAGAAGUUAUGUCUUCCAUAUCUGUUUUUCAGAUGUUCACAUGUCUGGUUAGCAACUAGAUACAAUAAAUAAAGCUACUGAAUGAA